AUGGCUUUUGGGAUCCCAAGGAAGUUUGUUUUCCUAUGCCUUGGCUCCUUGGCUUCCACGGGUUGGCUGUUUUCAUGCCGUGGCUCCUUGGUUCUCACGGUGGCUGCUAGUUUUCUGAACUGGGGGCUUUCCCGUGGCUUUUGGCGCCUCGGUUCCGUGCGGCCUCUUGGGUUCCCGCGGUUUCUUCUUCGGUUCCCUGGCUGGGUUGUUUUUCCUGAUGAUUUGCAGACACUUUUACAAGUACGAAGGUUCCUUGACAGUGGAGAUAUUAUGCGAGGGGAAGCCCUUCGUGUGGCUUCCCUUCCUUGUAAAUCUCCAAACAUUGUUGAAAACAACUCAUACCGUGUUGAGACUACAGGUUCUGUUGUUAAUCUCAACUCCAGUGUAGCACUGAUAUACUUUUAUUGUUCAAGGCUCCCUUCUGAUGGGUAUUUCAAACCACUCCCUCGUUUUGAAAUUGAUGAGGAUUCAAACACUUGCACUUUGCACCUUCCAAAAAGUAGUCCUUUACAACCUGUUAAAGUUGAGGGUACACGUAACAUGGUAAGGCAAAUUGCAUGUCUUGAAGCAUGCAAGGAGCUACAUCAGAUUGGUGCUUUAUCUGAUCAUCUUAUACCUGUGAUUGAUGAGGCUACGGAAGAUGAUAACAAUGGCGGGGAUGAAACAUGCAAAGUUGAAGAAGACUACUAUUUUCCUGGUGAGCUAGUGAGUUCGUGGUCAUCAUUUUGUAGUGUUGGACUGUAUCAUUGCUACAAGGUUUCUAUGAGUUCAGUUGACUUUGAAAAUUUUAAGAUCGAUAUCUUCCUUGUUGUGAAGUGUGAUUUAGGGUCUGAUUUUAUUUCUAAUUCAUUCAAUUUGGAGACUUCCAGUGGUUCUAUACUUGUACAAGUUGAUUAUUUCGGUUUUAUCCAUCUUGACCGUGACCAGGUCUUUAGAGCUCGAAGGUUUCAGGUUUCUGUUCUGAGUCUACUGAUUCACCAAGAUUAUGAUAAAUUCUUGAGGUCACUUCGUAUUUGCACAGAGGAUGGAUCUGAAGCCGUUGUUUAUUUACUCAUUCCUUCAAUCAUUGGAGGAGUUGACUGGGCUUGCGUUGAUUCACCUGCUUUCUCUAUCGAGAAUAGAAUGCAGCACCUUGAGCACUGCUGUUCUAAAAAAAUUGUGGCUCAGCUGAUACAGAUAAAAAAUGGCUGCAUUUGCCGUUGUAUGUUGCAUCACUCUGUAGUUUAUACACCUCACAAUGGACAUAUUUAUUGUGUUACUGGUAUUCUUGAUGUAAUGGAUAUAAAUUCAUCUUUUAAGUUGAGAAACGGAGAGAUCACUACAUAUAGGAAAUAUUUCCUUACUCGCUAUGGUCUCAGAUUGAAAGCUAAAGGGGGACCGUUACUGGCAGCCCGAAGGCUUAAUACCGUGCAAAAUUUUCUUCUUAGACGCUUCUUCUGCAAACAAAGAGUAUCAGGCCACAAAGUUGUUGAAUUGCCCGCAGAACUUUGUGUAGUUCUGAUGUCACCUAUCUCUGUGAAUACUCUACGGGCGUUUACCUUCAUUCCUUCAGUCAUGCACAGAUUUCAGUGCAUGCUUCUUGCAGCUAGAUUAAAGAGCAUACAGUUGGAACAUUGCAAGGAAAAUACAGUAAUUAGUCCAUUGAAGAUGCUGGAAGCAAUUACAACCAGAAAGUGCAGAGAAGAAUUUUCGCUGGAAUCAUUGGAAACAGUUGGUGAUUCUUUUCUGAAAUAUGUGGCCAGCAGAUAUCUUUUUAAAACGUACAAACAUUAUCACCAGGGAUUACUUACAGCUAGAAGGGAAAAAAUGAUUUCAAACUAUGCUUUAUGUAGGCUUGGGCGGGCUAAGAAUCUGUCGGGUUUUAUCCGCACAGAAGAGCAUGAGCCCAAGCAAUGGAUAAUCCCUGGCGAGAAUUCUGAUUGCACUGGAGCCUACAUGAAUUCUACUAUGGCAUUGCCAAAUAUUUAUAGUAUUGGAAGAAGGUUUAUGAAAAGUAAGGUCAUUGCUGAUUCUGUAGAGGCUUUAAUAGGAACUUAUCUCAUUGCUGCUGGAGAGUUGCAAGCAUUAUUUUUUCUGAAGUGGUUAGGCUUGGAGAUCAAUGACUGUAAAGAAACAGUUGUUGAAAGUCCUGUUUUGCCAAGACCUGAAUUUUACGUGAAUGUGAAAGAUCUCCAGUUGCUUCUCAAUUAUAAAUUCCGUCAUCCAUCAUUUCUGGUUGAAGCAUUAACACAUGGAUCAUAUCAGGUGUCAGAUAUUCCAAGAUGCUAUCAGAGGCUUGAGUUCUUAGGUGAUGCUGUUCUGGACUAUUUGAUAACCUUGCACUUGUUCCGUAGUUAUCCAGGAGCGACACCGGGAUUGUUAACUGAUCUCAGAUCAGCUUCUGUUAAUAAUGAUUGUUAUGCUCACGCGGCAGCUAAAGUUGGCUUAAACAAACAUAUUCUUCAUGCAUCACCAGAGUUGCACAGGCAUAUGACGUUUUAUCUUAACAAUAUUACGAGAUCUUUUUCUGGAUCAUCUUGUGGAUGGGAAGCUGGGGUUGCUCUUCCGAAGGUAUUAGCUGAUGUAAUUGAGUCCAUUGCUGGAGCAAUCUAUCUUGACUCAGAAUGUAACGAAGAAGUAGUUUGGAAUAGUAUCCGGCCAUUGUUGGAACCUUUGGUUAACCCUGAUACAAUGGAAAUACAUCCUGUCAGGGAACUAGAAGAGUUAUGUUCCCGGAAAUCAUACACAAAAUCUUUCUCAAAAGAAUUCAAAGGCGGUUUAGCCUCUGUUACAGUAGAGGUUGAUGCUGAUGGUCGUGUUCAUCAAGCUACAUCUACAGCUAAAAACAAGAAAGAUGCCAAAAAGCUAGCUACAAAGGAAGUUCUAGUUUCUCUUAAACAAAAAAGCCAUACUUGACCUGCAAUUCAUUUUCUUUAUUGAAAAUGUGCAUCCUUGAAAACAUAGGCUUCCUUUGGGGCGGCUUUCUUAAUGCUUUUUAAAGCAGCUUUUUAGUACAAGAAAAAUUUAUAGUAAAGAAUUAUUUUUAAAAUACUAAAAAAGCCGUCCCAAACAAGAUCACCUAACUCUAAAUCUUAUGGAGCACAUAUGUACUUGAAUAAAAUUCUCAAUGAGUUGAUGUAUUUUUAAUAGUAAAGAAACUUGCUAUACGACGGUUAUCGGUCUUCAUUAUUGCAA